UUGCAGAAUUUCAUGGUGGACGUAAAAGGACCUCAAAUGGCGCUUUUGCCUGUACUGGCAUUUGAAGGUGGGACAAGGAGAAAUAUACCCAAGUUUGAGGUAGGCACUCUAAUCUAUGUUCGGGUUGUGAAGACGAACACGGGAAUGAAUCCGGAGCUGUCAUGUACUGACGCAAGCGGAAAGGCUGCAGAAUUUGGACCCUUAAGAGAUGGUUUCAUGUUUGAAACUUCAACUGGUUUGGCAAGGAUGUUGCUAAGCUCACCAACAUGCCCAGUCCUCGAAACCCUUGGGAAGAAACUUUCAUUCGAGAUUGCGGUCGGCCUAAAUGGCAGAGUCUGGGUAAAUGCAGCCUCUCCUCGUGCGGUGAUUAUUGUCGCCAAUGCGAUCAUGAACUCUGAGUUGUUAAGCGGGACACAGCAGAGGAUCAUGGUGGAGAAAUUGCUUGGAAAAGUCUCAGAGUGAGGUUGGUUAGUCUAACGUUGCGUGCCAAAGCUCACACUUGCUUCCC